CGCACAGCUCCUGGUCUUAACCCACUCAACUAAGCCACCCUUUCUUACCUCACUACCUCACCUGAGUCAGGAAGCAAAAGGCUUGGCCGGGAGGCCCCGAGUCCCAGCCAUGAGGCGGAGCCGGACCGCGGCAUCCUUCCUGCCUAACGAGCGAGUCCGAGAGGCGGCAGAAUUGAGCCCUGCGGCUGUCGGCCCCCCAGGCAGCAGCGCAGUCCGCAGGCGCUUCUCUGGGACCCCGCAGCUGCCGCCGCUCACGUGGCGCCACGGCCCAGUGGGAGAGCCCGCCCGGGCCCUAGAGCCUGAAGCCAGUGCCCGGGUCGUGUUCAGCAUUGAGGAGCGAGUGUCCGAGCGUGGCUAUCCCCCGACUGGCAGCAGCUUUGAUCUUGAGAAUGGCCUGUCUUCGGGAAGGAGCCCACUGGAUCCACAGACCAGCCCUGGCUCAGGCCUCGUCAUCCAAGGCAACUUCCCUCACAGUCAGAGGCGAGAGUCUUUCCUCUACCGAUCAGACAGUGACUAUGACCUCUCCCCCAAGGCCAUGUCCCGGAACUCCUCCAUCGCCAGUGACCUACAUGGAGAAGACAUGAUUGUGACUCCAUUUGCCCAGGUCUUAGCCAGUCUACGAACAGUCAGGAGCAACUUUGCCGUGCUGACUCGCCUGCAGGACCGUGUGGCCAAGAGAGUGUCUAGCAGUAACCCACCUUCUGGCUGCCGCACCGCGCCACUCCCAGAGGACGCCUGCCAGAAGCUGGCCAUGGAGACCCUGGAGGAGCUGGACUGGUGCCUGGAUCAGCUGGAGACCCUGCAGACCCGGCACUCCGUCAGUGAGAUGGCCUCCAACAAAUUCAAGCGGAUGCUUAACCGGGAGCUGACUCACUUAUCAGAGACCAGCCGCUCUGGAAACCAGGUGUCUGAAUAUAUCUCCCGGACCUUUCUGGAUAAGCAGCAUGAGGUAGAGCUCCCCUCCAUGCCGGUGAAGGAGAGGGAGAAGGAGAAGGAGGAGCGGCCAAUGUCUCAGAUCAGCGGCGUUCGCAAGCUAACACACGGUUCCAGCUUCUCCGCAGCUGCCAUUCCUAGAUUUGGCGUGAAGACCGACCAUGAGACCCUGCUGGCGAAGGAGCUGAAAGACACAAACAGGUGGGGUCUGGAUGUAUUCAAGGUUGCAGAGCUCUCUGGAAACCGCCCGCUGACGGCCAUCAUGUAUAGUAUCUUCCAGGAGCGAGACCUGCUAAAAACCUUCCAAAUCCCAGCGGACACCCUGGUCACCUACCUGCUGACCCUGGAGGACCAUUACCACGCUGAUGUGGCCUAUCACAACAGCAUCCACGCGGCAGACGUGGCCCAGUCUACCCAUGUGCUCCUGUCUACGCCAGCACUUGAGGCUGUUUUCACCGACCUGGAGAUCCUGGCUGCCAUCUUUGCCAGUGCCAUCCAUGACGUGGAUCACCCUGGGGUCUCCAACCAGUUUCUGAUCAACACCAACUCAGAGCUGGCCCUCAUGUACAACGAUGCCUCCGUCCUGGAGAACCACCAUCUGGCCGUGGGCUUCAAGCUGCUCCAGGAGGACAACUGUGACAUCUUCCAGAACCUGAGCGCCAAGCAGAGGCAGAGCCUGCGCAAGAUGGUCAUCGACAUGGUGCUGGCCACGGACAUGUCUAAACAUAUGAACUUGCUGGCCGACCUGAAGACCAUGGUGGAGACGAAGAAGGUGACCAGCUUGGGUGUUCUGUUGCUGGAUAACUACUCUGACCGGAUCCAGGUCCUGCAGAACAUGGUGCACUGUGCCGACCUCAGCAACCCCACCAAACCGCUGGAGCUGUACCGCCAGUGGACAGACCGAAUCAUGGUAGAGUUCUUCCAGCAAGGAGACCGGGAACGGGAGAAGGGCAUCGAGAUCAGCCCCAUGUGUGACAAGCACACAGCCUCCGUGGAGAAGUCCCAGGUGGGUUUCAUCGACUACAUUGCACACCCACUGUGGGAGACCUGGGCUGACCUGGUGCACCCAGAUGCCCAGGAGAUCCUUGACACCCUGGAGGACAAUAGGGAAUGGUACCAGAGCAUGAUUCCCCGGAGCCCAGACGGCAGUGGUGGUGGCGGGCAAGAAGCCACCCUGGCGAAGGGAGCCGACAAGUUCCAGUUCGAGCUGACGCUGGAGGAGGAGGAAGGAGAGCUGGACUCAGAGGCCGAAGACCCCAGGAGCCAGGCUGAGGAAGGAGAGGGAGAGAACAGCGGCAGCGACUCAAAGACCCUGGCCACGGAUGAGUCAGAGUCAGCCGAGGUGGAACCUCUGUCUCCAGAAGAGGGGGAGAGGAGGCAGCCCCCAGAGCCUGUGCCUCUGGAUAACGAGAGGACGCUGUCCCACGCCAGGGUCAAGAGCUUGCCAGAGGGGGCCGGGGCUGUGGAUCAGGAAGGCAACCUUACAUUCUACCCGCUGGGAACGUAACAGGCAUACCUGCCCUCUCCCCUCCAGGCCUGGAACCACUUCUCAGACUUAGGACUUGGGGUGGGCUGGGAGGGAUUAUAUAAAAAAAAAUCCCCUCCCAACUCUCCCCUCUCUCCCUUCUGUGACCCCCCCCAAGUCCCUGAUCUAAACUAAAAACACGAGGAAACCUCCUGCUGAAACCAGAACUGGGGCCCAGAGUAGAGCUGGGGUGCUUAGUCUAGAUCUGGCCGGGCCCCUGGCAUCACUACAGCUCCCCAGAGCUAGGGGAGGAAUGAAAGGAAGAGGGGAAACAGUUUGCUGGACUCCCUUGUGGGAACUCUGGCUGGGUGGGAGGAGAAAGCCUAGAGAAUGGGGAGAAAAAUUGAGAAAAGAAAAUGAAAAGGAACUUUCUAACACAGCUGUCCAGCAGUGGAAUGAGCUGACUUGAAAAGAAGUGAGCCUCCCUGUCCAAUGGAGGUAUCCAAGUAGACAGAGGCCCCCCAGGGGAUUUCUGCUUGGGGGAAAGAGGAAAAACCAGAUGUCUUGUGAGGCUCUGAUAUUUGAGUGGCCUGUUUCUUCGGCAGAGGCCAGGGGUUCAUUGAGGUCUCUAGGCCCCUUUUCUUCAGCUUGUAAAAAUGUGGGUUUAAUCUGGUGAUCUCAUAGGCCCUUUCUGCUUCUAGACCCUAUGAUCAAGAUGGUCAUAGAAAGUUUGGCCCUGCCUCCCUGCCAGCUCGAGGCCCUCUGCCAACAUCUCUGGCUAGCCAAAAGUAGCUAGUGCUUUCCAUGGUAGAACCAUGAGGGGCAAUAUCUCCCCAUGGUCAGGACCAUGUACCCUCCCUCAGGGCACAGCCCCUGGUAUAGGAGGAAGAGCUCUGUCUUAAGAACCCGGGCUGUUCCUGACCUCUCCUCCAGCCCCCCCCCCCAGAUUGGAAGCUCUCAAAAAUGGCCCAUUGAGGAAGCAAUGGGAACGGGGGACGCUGGGGAGAGAAAGGGAGGGAGGAAGUGUCUGGGAGCAGGAGUCUGGCUCGGUGCUGAGAACUUCCUGAGCACCGAGGCUGGUCAGUAGUGGAAUGGGCUGCCUGGGAGGUAGCGAGCUCUCCAUCACCGGAGGCCUUUGAGCAAAGGCCAUGUGACUGACAGAGAUGUUGUGAGGGCAUUCGUAUUGGAGUGGCGGUGGGACUAGAGACCCCCUUGAAUGCCAUCAGGUUCUGAGAUGCAUGCUGAGUGGUUCAGAGGUGGGAUUUCCCGCCCUGGGGCCCAAACCAGCACUUCCCACUUUCCACAUGAUUUCCAGGUGCAGGCUCCAGCUCCAGCCUUCCGCUCCCCCCAGUCAAAGAAGAGGAGGAGAGGGGAGAGAAGACCCCGGGGCCACAGAAGUAACUCUAUUCCCCCACCUUCCCUCCUGCUCCCCACAACAGGCAGGCAGGAGUGGGUGUAGCAGCACCUUGGACACUGCCAUUUAAUUUAUUUUGACACUGGCUCACGUGUUUUUAAGAUUGUUUUGUAGCUCACUUUUUUUUUUAAAGUAAAGACUUGGUCACACACACACAUACAAGCUCCAGGCCUGCUUAUCCUGGGAGGAUCCAGGCUGUGGGGCACUGAUGGCUCAGACUGGCCUUUCCCCAGGAUUGAGGGGGAGGGUUGUUUGCUCCAGCAGGUGGAAUCCCUAGAGGGGAGGAGAGAGGUGUGCCUUUUGGGGUAGUGGGCAAGUUAGGAGGCCUAGGUUCUAAGCCUAGCUCUGCCCCUACUUCACUGUGUAUCUUGGGCAAGCUAUUUCCUCUCUGGUGGCCUCAGUUUCCCCAACCAUAAAAUUGGGGAGGGCAGGUUGAACUAGAUUUUCAAAUUUCCUCUUGCCUCUGACAUGGCCUAAGGUCCCUCCCGGCUCUGACAUCCUGUAUGUUAAACUCCCAGCCCUGACAUUCUGGGUUCUAAGGGUCCUCCUAGCUCUGACAUCCUCUGUUCUAAGGGCCCUCCUAGUUCUACAAUUCUGUGUUCUAUGUUCUAAGGUGUCUCUCAGCUUCAACACUGUAAUCUAUGUUCUAAGAUCCCUCCCAGAAUUGUAUUCUGUGUUCUAAGGUCCCUCCCAGCAUUAUGUCCUGUGUUCUAAGGUUCCUCUCAGCACUAUGUUGUGUUCUAGGGUCCUUGUUCUGUAAUCCUAUGAAUGACACCUGUGCUCCCAGUCCUGUCUCUUUCUCCUCUUUUCUCACCCCUAUGUUUCUUCUGUUGGAACUUCUCCUCAAGUCUGGGCCAGCCCCUGCUGAGAUUGCUCAGGGCUACAGAGACCAGAAGUCUGGGAUGAAGUGAGGCGGGUCUGCCCCCUCCACUCCUCCCCAGGCCCAUGGCCCCCUGGCCAGGACCAAUCAUACUGCCCAUUGUCUUGGGAUAGUAGUGGGGAAGAGGGGAGAAGCUUUGAUCUUAAAGAUGCUGGAGAGCCAGAGUAGGUGUCUGGGGAGGGUGGUGUGGCCUGGACCACUGCUGGGCUCUCAGGUUAUGGGCUUGGGGAGGCCACCCUUUGGUCCAUCUGCUCUGGCCUCCCCAUAGCUCUUCCUGGUGUGGUAGGGUAAGGUGGGGCCUGAAAUUACACCUGGCUCAGCAGAGGGACCCCAGAGGAGAUUCCCCCUCCAUCCUGUUAACACCCACCAGCCUCAUCACCUGUCCUGGCUGCUUUUCCACCUCUUGUGUGUAAGGUAGACUUCAGAUAAAAACAAUCUUUGACAGCCUGA